AUACACCGUGUCACGGGAGCUUGAAAUUACCUCAUCAUUCAGAACGCAAUAAAUAUAUUUCACAACCGACAAACACGUCUUUAUUCUGGGGACAGCUAGCUGAACGAGUCGAUCAAGGGGGAAAACAGGAAAUUAACCAUGUAAAAUAGCCGGACCCAGUUCCAAAGCAGCGCUGGUCAAUUUCAGUGGGCAAAGACUACUACGUGACUUUGGAGGCAUUGUCUGGCAUAAAAUCCAAUGGGAAUCUAAAGGAAAUGAAGGAUAUAAUCAAGACUUUCUUGGGCAGAUUUUAGAUUCAGAAAGGUCAUCCUAUUUCUUAUUUCCGAUCUUUGUUCUGGGGUAUAUUUUUUUGUAUUUUUUUUUUUUUGGAGCGUCAGUUUUCGCAGUGAAAUGGAUUAGCAAUCGAUUUACUAAACAGUGAUUGAUUGGUCAUUUUGAAAAAUUGAGCAAGAAAUCUACUUGGAUUUAUUUUUUGUUUCCAAUCAUGACAUUGCAUUUUAGCUCUUUGUUAUUGUGAACUAAUACUGUGUUAUUGUGGACUAUCGGCAUCUGAUCGGAGAGAAAUUUCAAUAUAUAACGCCGAAAUUGAAAUUUGACUACACAAACGCCUUUAAUUGUUGUGAGGUCAUUGAUACUUUAAAUGGAGCCAUACCUAACUUAUGGCCCAUUUUCACUGUAAAAUGAGCCUUUGUUUAAGUUUGCAUGUUGUUUUUAAAACCAACAUUGACAAAAAUUAUACAUAAAUGAACAUAUAGAGAACCAAUCUCGAUACGUGAAACUGCCUCAUUAGAGAGGAAAAAAAUAUUCAAAAAUAUGUAACGCUCAGGGUAUCAAUCUCGAGAUAUUUUAUCAAUGUUUUUUAAUGGGCAUGAAAUUAAAAACUUGACAUUUAAAGCUAACGUAAAAAAAAUGUGCGUGCAUGCUGCAUAAAAAGAAUUGUAAGGGAGCUAGGUGGCCAUAGCGAUGAAACAUACGGAACAUCCGAAGCCAAAUGCCCCAUUGGAGGCGCAUAAUAUGAAAGAGAUGACAAUCAGAAAUAGUGUGGAAAAGCUGGAAUGCGAAAAGAGACAAAAGAUUAUCGAGAAACAGAGGAGCUAUUUUGUUCGCCAGCACUCGAGGGAUGAAAACGAAAUCAAGCAGAUAUUACUACGCCUGCAGCAGGAACAAGAAACUAUUCACGACGAUGCGGAAGGGUCUCCACUUAGCACUGGGAACGAAACAAGAGAGGGUUCAUCGUGUGAACGGGACAGAAGCGCCACAGAUCCGGGGGUAGAGGGGGAGGAAGUAGUCAAUCCCUACCCCCUCGUCAUUGUACCCAAAUACGGAUCUCCCACUCCCCUCAAAAAUAGAGUCGAGACGGAUAGCCCCACAAGGUCGCUUAGGAGAUGUGAUCGUAAUGAUUCCCCGAACAAAUCGUCUUCGUUUCGCGCGACCGUCAUUGCUGCUUCGUUCAUCAAUAAACUGCACGCCCCCAUUGCUGCAAGAAAGGGCGGGAAGAGUCCGUUUUUGGAAGGAGAUGAUGCAUUAUGGGUAGGCGACCUCGAGUACAUCCACUCCAUCCGUAGACCUCGGAAGUCGGUAGCCGACAUGAACCACCAGAGAACGAUAUUCCGAGCAAAGUCAGACGUUCAUAGAAUCGAUGCAAGUACGCCGUCAUCCAACUUUGGUUCAAUGGUCAGUCUGCGCGGAGAAAGUCCAAGAUUUAGACACAGAGACAAUUUCGAAGAAUUGCACGGCUUGCCAAUUGUAGCCCAUGAACACAAUGGUGAGUCGGUUUCUACUCAGGAGACAGAGGUAUCGCCGAAACUCAUUCGUAAGACUUCUAGGGACAAAAAGGGUUGUGAAAAACAGCGCAAAGUAAGCAGUUCUACCGUGGAUUUGAGAAAACCUUUGACUGUAGAAACCGAAAUAAAAAAAUCUCCUAGACUUUUGAGGAAAGGUUCUUUAGAAAACAAAACAAAGGUCAAAUCUGGUGUUGAGCGGAGUCAUUCUUUCCAUCAUGCACCAAAAUGUCGCCAAGAAGUGACAAAACCGGGAAACAUAAAUACAACAAAACCCGAUUCAGUCGACAGCCCAAAAUCUACAAAAGAAGACAUUGUAGAAAAACCCCAUAAACGGAAAUCGUCUUUGAAAAAGAAGAAAGACGACUCGGGAACCGUAGCAGAAAAACCAAAGAAAAUUUCUUUUGCCGAUUUAGACGACUCGAUCCCCCAAAGGACUCGGUCACUCAGGGAGAGGAAAACCGCCAUGUCCGGUCGGCCAAGAUCGUCGUCCACCGGAAGUACGUGACUGUCGUACAUGAGGCUAUCGUGUCCAGAAAGAGGUUGUAAGGGAAAAGACCAUUUAAUGUUUAACUAAGCUGCAAUUCCAACCAAAGGACAAUAUAUUAAUAGAACUUUUCUAUUAGCUCAAGAGCCACCGGACACGAUAUCUAUCAAAAGUUUACCGUCUCAAAACCCAAUAAACAUGGGCCUGUUCCCAUGAAUUAUUUCACGGAUGAUACUUUAUGAAAUAAUUAUCUGUAAUCGGUUUAUAAAUUGCUUCUGACAUUUUAAUGGGUAGUGCCGUGUCAGGCCAAGAGCUUGCCAUUAACAUUUUAUUUUUUUUUAACCUCAGGUUAUCUUAAGCUUAAAGUCAACAAUUUUUGCAAAAGACACACUUAGAUGAAUCAUAUUUUUAAAAUCUCUGAACAAUUUAUGGUCUCUUCUAUCAAUCGAGACCACCCCUGACGUCUUUACUAUAGGUGUACCUACCUGUAAUGCGGUACAUUCUAGUUUCAAUGCAGUAUUGAUAUCUUAGUUGCAUAAAGGUAAAAACAAUAUAUAUAUCUUGAUUAAAAAAAUCAAACAAUU